UAUCUCUUCUCUUAAUCACAACACACACAAAUCUCUGAACUAAAAAUGACAUUCCCUUCACUCUCUGCCUCAUUUCUCUUCUUGGCCUUCGUCUUCGUUACGCAUGCAUUCGACCUCAGCAUCAUCCAGAUGAAACAGGGAACAUGUCCGUACACAGUGGUUGUCAUGACAAGCUGCCUUUCUCCGGAGUCGACAAGAGAUCAGAUCAGCAUCGUUUUUGGCGAUGCCGAUGGUAACAAGGUGUAUGCACCGAAACUAGGCGGUUCCGUAAGAGGAGCAGGGGGUUUGGGGAAGUGUUCAACGAACACAUUCCAAGUGAGAGGUCAAUGUCUGAAUGACCCUAUCUGCUCUCUCUAUAUCAACCGGAAUGGACCCGACGGUUGGGUCCCGGAGUCCAUCGAAAUCUACUCAGAAGGUUCAAAGUCCGUUAAAUUCGACUUCAGCAAGAGCGUCCCUCAAAUAAACACUUGGUACGGCCACAACAACUGCAACACCACAGGCAGACCAUCGUCUCCCGAUUUGCCUCCGCCGCACUUUCCGCCAGAAUUUCCACCGGAGACACCUGCCAUCCCGCCGCCGCCUCCACCAAGGCCGUCUGCUGCUGCAAGGCUUGGAGAUGGUGAGAGUGUUUUCCUUGCGUUUGUCAUUGCGACUGCGAUCGCUACAAUGGUUCGUUGGACUUACUAGUUGAAGAGCGUGUUGGGUUCCGUGAGGCUUUUCUUUCUUUCCGUCGAAUGUUUUUCUUUGUUUUCGUUUUGCUUUCUGCCUCUUCGGUGUUGUAGAAAACAUAAUUACUUAUAAAGUAUGUGUGCAUGA